GUAAUGAAGGAUCCAGAAGGAUCAAUAAUAUGGUUUUGGAAAGCUAUAAAUAGAGGAGACAGAGUAGAUAGUGCACUAAAAGACAUGGCAGUGGUUAUGAAGCAAUUGGAUAGAAGUGAAGAAGCCAUUGAAGCUAUCAAAUCUUUUAGAUGGCUUUGCUCAAAACAAGCUCAAGAGUCCCUUGAUAAUGUCCUACUUGACCUCUUCAAGAAAUGUGGAAAAGUAGACGAGCAAAUAGCACUGUUAAAGCAAAAGCUGAGACAAAUAUAUGAAGGGAAGCUCUUCAAUGGUAGGCAUACUAAAACUGCUCGAUCUCAUGGAAAGAAGUUUCAAGUUACUAUUAGCCAAGAAACUGCAAGAGUUCUGGGUAAUUUGGGCUGGGCUUAUAUGCAAAAAGGAAAUUAUAUGGCAGCAGAAGUGGUGUACAAGAAAGCCCAAAUGAUUUAUCCAGACAGCAACAAGGCCUGCAAUCUGGCCCAUUGUUUGAUUAAGCAAGCCCGAUAUGAUGAAGCCCGUUAUAUUCUUGAAGAUGUUUGGAGUGGUAAAUAUUUGGGCUCUGAUGAUACAAGAACUAAAAAUCGAGUAGAGGAAUUAUUGUUAGAAUUGGACUCAAAGCAACCUCCACACUUUUUGCAAAAUAUUCCGGGCCUUAAUUUAGAUGAUGAUUUUGUAAAUGGGCUUGAAGGUUUGAUUAAUGAAUGGGCCCGGCCCAAAUCAAGAAGGCUUCCAAUAUUUGAGGAAAUCUCUACAUUUAGAGAUCAAUUGGCAUGUUGAUUGAUUUCUAAUUUUUCUAUCUUGGACAUGAGGAUCAUUGUAAAUAUUUGUAGUCUGGUCGAGUUUAUGAUUUAGGGUUCAGGGUUUAGAUGUGAUAACUGUAAAUUGUAAUGUAAAUUAGAUCUUGGGGCAGAGUUUGGAAAAUGAAUAUAGUUAGCUUGUGACGUUUUGGUGGUCAAGAGGUCAUAAUUCGAAAUUCA